CCAACGCCGUCGCGGUUCAAGUAAAUACGCGCUAACGGUGGCCAGUAUCUCUAAUCUCUAUUGUUGUCAGUACUUUGCCGUUGGAUAUUUCACGUCUCUAUGAUUCGUUUUAGGAAGUCGUUCAUCCUCGUAUCUGUCUACUUUGCUCUACAUAGAGUAAACACACAGCAACACAUUCCAGAAGCUCUUUUCAUCUCUGGGUUUUCAUAAGAAGAAUUAUAAAUGUAACUUAAUACUGUAGCAAUUGCUUGUUCAAUACUUCUACCUGGCCUAGAACUGAAUUCAGAAAUAUUAAUUUAAUAAACAUGAAGUCAGCUGAAUCAAUGAGAACAAUGUUGUAUUCCUUUAUUGAUUAUGAACCAUAUGUCUCCUUAGAAAAAAUUGACACUCCUAUAUGGAUGGUAAAUGAACAUAAAAAUGAUAAGCUUACAAAUGGAGUUCUUCAACAUUUAAAAUUAAAAACUGAAGAAACAGAAAAAUUAACAAAUGAAGAACCUAACUGUAAAAAAAUAAAAAAUGAAGAAACAGAGUUUGAAGUUCCAAAGUUAACACUGUCAAAAUAUAGCAAUAAAUUUAAAUCAAAACUUAAAUAUUCAAAAUUACAGUUAUUUCCAAAUUCUCAUCUUAAAUCACUACCUGAACAGUUGAAUAUAAAAAAUGAGGCCGAACUUUCAAAUAAUGAAGAACUUAUAAUAAUUGAUCAUAAUAUGAAAAAAGAGACCACAAAAAUCAAGGAAUCAGUAACAAAUAAUAGUUCAUUAUUUGGUAAAAUCAAAGUACGUAAUGUACAUUCAAUAAAUGCCAAUUUUGCUGACAUGGAUAGUAACAUAAAGUAUUUUGAUACAGAAAAAUCAAAUAUUUCACAAACUGACACAUCUUUUGUUUUUCCAUCUCUAGGGACCAAAAAAUUAACAUUGCUAUGUUUUGGACAGUUACAUAAAAAAUACUUUAAUAAAACUGUACAAGAUACUUUGGUUAUUAAUAACAACUUACUAUUUAUGAACAUGUUAACAAAUAUACAUUGUAUAUCACAAGUAAAUUUGAUAUUAACUCGAGAAGACAAAGAUGUCAUGGCUAAGAAAGUUAAUAAGCUGUCAGUUCUGUACAUAAAUUAUUUUGAAAAACUUGAUAAAAUGUUGCAAAAAAAUAUUAUUGAUUUAUUAUCAAUUUUUGAAGAUUCUGACUAUGAACAUGGGUUUUUAAUGAUUAUAUUAAGCUUAUUCAUUGGUCUUAAAAUGUUAAGUAGUAAAAUAUUUCAAAAAAGUAAUGUUUUACUAAACAAACUUCAAAAAUUACAAUGGAAAGUUAUAAACGAUAAAAGUAUUAAUAAAAUUCAAACAACUCUGGAAUCAGAUACAUUUUGCUCAUGUUAUUAUAAAAUGUCAGAAUUAAUCGGAGAAGGCUCUCAUACAGAUCCCAAUAUAAUUGAAUGUUGGAAGUUAUUGUUUAUACCAGCAGUUCUUAAAAUUACUAAUUUUAAUUCAGUAGUUGAUGCAAUUAUCAAUGCUACAGAUAUUGAUAAACUGGACGGUUUAUUAGAAGAGGCAUCAAAUAGAGUACGUCAAAAUUCUUCUUCAAUAAAUGAAACUGAAAUCAAAAAUUUAAUUGCAUUGGUGAAUAACUCUGCUCAAAAAUAUAUCAAUAGCAGUGAUGAAAUUACCCAAUCAAGUACCAGUAAAUUAACUACAAUUGAAAAUGAUAGAUCCAUUUCAAUUCUAAAUGAAAACACUCCACAUAUGUUUCUUAAAAGAUCUUUAAGAAUUAAAGAGUCAACUAUGACAAUGCCAAAUCACAAAUCAAAAGUUUGUGGUACCAAAAAUAUUUCAACUACAGUUCCUGAAAAUUCUAAAGACUGGUUCAAAAAACCGUUUCCUAUUCAAAGUCAAAAUACAUCUACUCGAAGAAAAACUUCAAAAUUUCAAGAUUUGAAAACGCAUUACGAUGAUAAUUCUAGUGAACCUUUAUUAUCAAUAGCUGAGCGAGUGAAAUUACGUAAAACAAGAAACACUCUAACUCCUAUAUCUACAACAUUUGAAGACUCACGUAAAAAACUUAGAUCAAUUAAAAGCGAGUACAUAAGCACUUCUAGUAUUGUUCAUACUAGAACUUUAAGGUCCUCAAAACUAAACAUAAAUAGUAAUAACCCUCCAAAAAAGCGUUUGAAAAAAGUACAUACACCUAACUGUGUUAAAAUUAAUGAUGCUAAAAAUACUUCAGCUACAGUAUCUUCAAAACCUAAUGAUUUGUUAAAAAUACCUUUCUUGAUUAAAAAUGAAAAUUCAUCUACUCCACUGAUAUUUUAUAUGAAAACUUCAGAACAAAAUAAAUGCUAUAAAAACUCUCCACUUCUUGCAACAACAUCAUUAAUAAAACAGGAAGAAAUUGAUCAAGUUAGAAAUUGUUCUACUAAAUUUUUAACAAAUAAUUGCCCAAACAAAACGGUUAACUCUACUAUUAAAACAGUUAAUGUACAGCAUGGAUUAAAUGGAAACCAAAUUAUUUCAAAAUAGCCAUCCACUAAAAAUAUAUUCAAGACAUCGAGCAGCCAUAAUAAUGAGUUCAAUAAUGCCUAGUAACUGUUGCAGAUAAUCCAGAAAUAAUUAUAAACUUUAUUCGAAGAUCGUCUAUCAGGUUUAUUACUUUAAAUAAUAGUUUUAAAUUGCUUGUAAAUUUUAUUUUUGUCUUAAAUUAAGCUAUUAUAAAACUAAAAUGUAACUUAGAUAGUUAUAAAAUGGAUGAAUUUAUUGUACAGAUAGCUAUGGGUCCGUAUACACUUUACCUGUGAAUUUGCGGAUUUCUUAAAAAGUUACUUUUAAAUGAAGUUCUAUCAAAUAGCAGUUAAACAUAUAUUUCGGAUUUUUCGGAAUUUACAGCAAUAAUUUAUUGAUCUCAACAUCAAACACUCCCAAUUAUUCCAAUCAACAUUAGAAAAUCAACUCUAAAAUGUAUUAAAUUAUAUACAAGAUCUAUAUUAAGGCGUAUGUGGUAUAUACCAUAAUUUUAAAAAAUAAAUAAAACCCUGGUAAAAUAUUAAUUUUGGUAGAAUUAAAAAGAGCUUGGUAGAACACAACGGACAGAUAGAUCACAUACAAAAUCAUAGUCAUAUAAAUUUCGUAAAUUUGUAAAA